CGUGACAGCCUCCCGCGGAAGCGCUUUUCGAUGCGAUCGCGCCUCUCUUUACACAGCGAAUAUUUCCACGCGAAAAGCGGCCGCGUGGCCAUGUUUUGCUCGCGUUAACACAGCAGCUGUCAGCCUGACCGUGUCUCAGGUAUGAGGGGGUAUCUGAAAACCCUGGGAUGGGUGUUUAAACUGCAGCCCAAAACCACAACCGUGGGAAGACACAAGGACUCGGACCUGUGUUUGGAGAACGGGAGCGUGGAGGAGCACCAUGCGCUCAUCGAGCUCGACGAGCAGGAGCGAUGCUUCGUGCUCCGCGACAUGAACUCGGCCCACGGGACCUACGUGAACAAGUGUCACAUCCACAACGCCGGCGUGCGCCUGUCCCCGGGGGACGAGCUGCACUUCGGCUACGGGGGGCCCACGUUCCAGCUGUGUGUGGAGUCCAUGCCGCAGGUACCUCCCCAGCUGUCUUGUCCUGCGGUUCCAAAACGCGUUGCCUGGCAGACUCCGGUCCAGCUUGUGGAGGAACCUCGGUCACUUUGCUCCUCCGUGUCCUCUCUGUGCUCCCAGUUUCCACACUUGGCCUCUUCUCCAGGCUCCAGGAGCCGUGGGGGGCCGGCCGCGGGACCCCGACCCCCCAGCAGGGGGCGUCCCGCCAACGCAGGAGCCACAAAAGCAAAGCUUGGACUCUCCGCAAACCAUGUGGUCCCUCCCCGCAGAGCAGGAAGUCAGAUCAGAAUAUCAGGUGGAGGAGACGCUCCGGGGAACGGCGAAGUGCUGCCCAGCCCUCACAUCCUGCAUCUUCUUCUCCAGGAGAAGGAUGAGCAGGCGCUGCGACUCGGAGACGAGGUGAGCCGCCUGGCGCCCUUCGAGAGCGAAUCGCACCGGAAGGACGGGGUGAUCGCCAGGCUGCGUGACCAGGUGUCUGUCCUCCGGCACCAGGUUACGCAGGCGACCCCUGAGGUCAACCUCAGGCUGCUCAGCCUGGAGAGGGACAUCAGCGAGAAGAACGAGCAGAUUGAGGAGCUGAAGGAGCAGAUGGCGGCGCUGCAGAGAGGCUCCGGCGAGGUGCUGAAACAAUCCCUGGGCGAGCGGGACCUGAAGAUCGCCAGCCUGAGAGCUCAGCUGGAGAAACUGAAGAGGGACAGCAGCGCAUCUGCAGGCCUGGUGACCAACUUGCAGAAGGACCUGUCCACGCAGGAGAAGAAGGCUCUCGCUCUGGCCGCCGAGGUGGAGAGGUUGCGGCAGGACAUGCGGCGCAAGGAUGCGCAGCUGGCAAACAUGACCAGCAAGUUUUCACAGGUGAAGGAGAGCGCCAAGGUGCAGGAGGAGCUGCGUGCACGGGAGAAGGAUGUGGAGGUUCUGCAGAAGAGACUUGAGGAGCUGCAGCAAACUCGGAUACAGAUGCAGACAGCGCUGGUGCAACGGGCCACGGAACGGGACGCGCUAAAGGUCGCGCUGGACGUAGAGCGGAAGGAGAAAGCCUCCCUGGGGGCGGAGCUUGACGAGACCAGGCGGAAGGAGCAGGAGGCCAUCACGCAGCUCAAACAGUCGCAGGAAUGGGUGGAGAGGCUCAGCAGUCAAAUCAUCCAGGCUGUAUCUCGCACGCCAGGGGGGUCACCUUUCCAGGGCACUCUGUCUGACCAGCAGAUGGUCCAGCAGAUGACGGAGAUCAUCAGGGAGGGAGAGGCUCUGAGGAACAAGGUGAAGGAGCUGCAGGAGGAGCUGGAGGAGGCAGCUGCCCAGCGGGACAGCAGGAUCGCAGAGGAGCACACGCUGAAGAACUUGAUGGAGGAAGGAAACGCUCGCUUGCGGGAGGCGCUCUCGGUCCCUGCGCUCCACAGGGAGGUGACGGCUCUAAAAGCACUGCGCGUUCCAGCAGCCCUCGCCUGGGUACACGCGACCACGGUUGGCAUGCUGGACUGCCAGCUCACCCAGGUGGAGGAAGCGACUCGGGCCCUGUUGCAUGCUGGGAUAGAUGUGUCCAACUCUGAAGAAUAUCCAGCUGGCAUCUCUGGUGGAAUCCAGGCCCUCUGUGAACGUCAGCAGCAGUGUGAAGAUGACCUCAGAGCCCUGCAGGAAGAGCUGCAGGCAUCUCAGAAGACCCAGAUUCAGAGCAAGGAGAAGCACGCCAAGGAGCUGCAGGAGCACCUGGAGUCCAUCAAGGAGGAACACGCCAAGGAGCUGCAGGAGCGUCUGGAGUCCCUCAAGGAGGACCACUCAAAGGAGCUUCAGGAGCGUCUGGAGUCCCUCAAGAAGGACCAUGCAAAGGAGCUUCAGGAGCAUCUGGAGUCCCUCAAGGAGGACCAUGCGAAGGAGCUUCAGGAGCGUCUGGAGUCCCUCAAGGAGGACCACGCGAAGGAGCUUCAGGAGCAUCUGGAGUCCCUCAAGGAGGACCAUGCCAAGGAGCUUCAGGAGCAUCUGGCAUCCCUCAAGGAGGAGCUCGAGAAGCAGGAGCAGCAGAAGCUGGAAGCCCAGAAAGAGGAGGAAGUCAGACUGAAGCUUCAGCUGGAGGAGAUGAGGGAGAAGUUGGAGUCGGCUCAGACAGCGGAGGCCACCUUACGUGAGCAAGUCCGGACCCAGGAGGCGGAGCAGGAGGCGCGGCUUGCGGAGGCAGAGCAGAAGGGGGCGGAGUCUGAAAGGAAGUGCUGGAUGUCUCUGGAGGAAGAGUACCGGGAGCAGGUCCGGCAGCACGCGCACACCAUCGUGGCCAUGGAGGAGAAGAUCGUUGAGCUCAGACAGAGCCUAGGAGACAACGACAAGGAGAGGGACGGCCUGAGGGAGCAGCUGAGAGAUGUGGAGGAGAAGUUGAAACAGGGUGAGGCAGAAAAGGCGACCGAAGUGCAGGCCCUUGAGGAGAAGAUCACUGCGCUCAGGGACGCUCUGGCCGAGGCCAGGAAGGAGGCGGACGACCGGGGAGAAGUCAUCGCCGCCCUCAGCCGGGACCUGUCCACAGCCAACGCCAGGUUGUCCGACAACGCAGAGGUGAGCGAGCAGCAGAAGACCGAGCUGGAGCAGCAAAGGGCCCUCGUGGUCCAGCAGAAGGUCCACCUGGGCACGCUCACGCAGAAGCUGGGCCAGAUGUCCCGGCUGGUGGACCAGAAAGGGGCGGAGCUUCAGCGAGCCCGAGAGGAGCUCAGGCUGUGUCGGGAGGCCCAGCAGGACCGUGUCGGCCGAGAGAGGCAGGAGGGACUCGACCCAAAACGCACCUGUGCGGAAUGCCAGGCCACGGCACAAUCCGUGACCUCGAGGCUGUGUGACCACCAGAUGGCGCUGAUGAGACAGCAGCCCAACGGACUGGGAGCGCAGAGGACAGAUGGACAGGGGUCGGACACCACUUGCCAGCAUGGCCUCCUAGCCCCUGCGGCGAUGUGUGGGGAGACCCUGGAGCGCACAGCCAGGCUGGACCUGUCCGACACCCUGGACCUGAGCGAAAGGACGUACCUGGAGCUGGUGCGUGCCCUGAGCGAGGUGCUGGAGCUGAGUGAGGAGCGUCUCUCGGGUAGCGCUUCCCUCAAGUACCUGCCCCGGGAGGAGAGGGAGCGCGUCGCCACCUGCAGGCUGAGGGACCUGGAGGUGCUGCGAGGCCAGGCCCAGCGGCGAGAGGAGCAGCUGCGGGAGUACCAGAGGGACCAGCGAACCUGGAGGGAGAGCCAGGCGGCGGAGCAGCGCCUCCAGGGCAGGGUGGACAGCCUGAGAGAGGGUCUGCAGGCAGAGCGCCAAGAGAGCGCCCUGCUCCGCGAGGCUCUGCGUCGGACCCGGGACCGUCUGGAGCGUGAGGUCACCCUCAACAGGACCGUCAAGGAGCGCAAGGCUGCCGUUCUGGACCGGGGUCCGAACAAGAGUGGGAGGGUGGUCGCUCACAGCUGCGUGCAGCCUGGGCUUCGUGACAAGGUGGCCUCCAGGAAGCCCUGCUUGCAGGAGAAGCUCCGGAGGAAGGAGUACGAGACGGAGGUCCUGAAGGAGCAGUUGAGGAGGAAGGAGCAGGAGCUCCAUGAUGCCACCUGUGCUCUGGAGGCCGCGACCCCUGCUGACCCUCAAGCAUCGUGGGAACAACAGUGUCCCGAUCCCAUGUCUCUGACCUCAGUGGAACUCAUGGCAACUCCACUUGUGUAGUUCUUAAAAAAGAGCUAAUUUUACAGUCAGAAUUUUCUUCUUUGUUCAACUUGCUGACGGCUGAGGGUUUCACAGGGAUCUGGAACAUUCUCAGCGGAACCCGUGUCUCGUGUUUCCCCAGGACCGAGGGAAAGGGGGCUCGUUCAGCACUUACUUACCCGACUGAAAGUGUGUGAGAGUUAAAAAGGUGGCGCUGGGACAAAGUGAUGCGAGGCCUUUCAGGGGACGCCGUCUACACCCUGGCGGAUCUUUACCCCCCCCACCCCCGCAUCAUCAGCCUCCCUCUCCCUAGACGAUGUCUCACCCACUUUCUUUGUCCUCCCAACAGCCUCAUUUGCAUGUUUUUUAAAACCAUUGUUCACUCAGCAUCGUUAACCACUUUUCUAAUGCAGGGUCACAGUGGUCCAGAGUCUAUCCUGGAAACAUAAGGUGUGAGGCAGGGUACACCCUGGACCGAAUGUCAGUGCAUUGUGGGGCAAUCUCUCACACACACAUACACACAAAAAAAAUAUGAUUUUGUUGUCAAGUUAUUUGGCACUAAUGAGAAUAAAUUGACAAAUUAAUAAGUUGUGUUAAACAGGAGAUAACAAUGACUGUCUGAAAUCUUGUGCUGAUACAGCCCCCCCCCC